AUGUUCGUCAAUCGCGUAAGAACAGAGUUCACGUGGUCAUGGGGGAUUAUGGUGAUAAUCGACGAUGAAACAGUUGAUGAUACUCCAGCGGUGGACGAAGGGGACAAUGCUAGUAAUGAGUAUCUGGAACCCAUGUUCUGGGCGUUUGUUGAGUGGGCUUUUUCUUACAAGGGUAUCAAGUCCCUGGAAUACAUCGUCUUUGGAGACUUCGGCCGCCCAGAGAGAACGAGUAGAGGAAAUCUGUUGAUAUGUCGGGAAGGUUAUGGAUCGGAAGACUUUCACAUCAUCAGGGAGUCGUGUCCAGCCGCCGAGUGGGAUUAUGUCAAGAGGGAGUACGGCGAUGCCUUGAGGUCAUGUCCCUCUGACCCAUUGUUCGAGGUGCCAAAAAGCCCUGCGCAUUAA